UUGUUUGCCCUUGCCGGUUUUUUAUUUUGCAGUGAGAUCAUCAUCGUGUACAUAUUUGUAUUUAUUUUUUUAAGAAAUUUGAGUGGAAUUCGGCAUACGUUGAGUUUAUUUUAUGCUUACCAAUCUACUUAAUAACACUGCGUCUUUGGUUUUUAAACGCACAUUAUCCAAAAUGCCCCGCGGAAGAACACUGCAAAACGUCGUAUCGGAGUUGGAGAAGUUUGCUCCACGCAAUUUGGCAGAGAAAUGGGACAAUGUUGGUCUGCUGAUCGAGCCUUAUAAAGCAAGACCCAUACGCAACAUUCUUUUGACCAAUGAUUUGACCGAGAGUGUAAUGCAAGAAGCUGUCGAUCAAGGUACUGACCUAAUUGUGUCUUAUCAUCCGCCAAUAUUUGCGCCACUUAAACGUAUUACACAAAAAAACUGGAAGGAACGCAUCGUUUCCAUUUGCUUGGCUGAAGGUAUUGCUUUAUACUCACCGCACACUGCCUGGGAUGCCGUUCCUGGUGGAGUAAACGAUUGGCUUUCAUCUGCAUUGCCAUGUGUUGACAUGCAGCCAAUUCAGCCCAAUCCCUUGGGUGGUGAGUUUGGUGGCGCCGGACGUACAUUCACCACAUCGCUGACUUUGGGUCAGGCUGUGGCCAGCGUUCAAAGGCAUAUUGGUCUCGAUGUACAUUUGUCAUUGGCUACAAAUCAUACUUUGGAAACACCAAUCACAGUGGUGGCUGUUUGUGCCGGCUCUGGUGCAUCUGUGCUAAAAGGCUACGAAGCAGAUCUUUACAUAACUGGCGAAAUGUCUCAUCACGAUUUACUGGAUGCCAAUCAUCAAAACACCUCAGUGAUUUUGUGCAAUCACAGCAACUCGGAGCGCGGCUUCCUGCGUAAAUUUGAGACCAAACUCUAUGAUAUGCUUAAAGGUGACUGUGAAGUGACUAUUUCCGAAAAGGACAAGGACCCCUUAAAGACAAUCGUCAAAACUUGAAUGCCGACGACAAUGAAUGAUUCACGUAUGCAUUUAGAUUGCAUUUCUUGGUGAUUUUCGAAUGAAAGUUUAUUUCAAAUAUCUAAAAUUCAUUUAUUAAGUGUUUUAUUAUUAUUAUUGUUUAUAUUAAUCAAAGUCUAACAGCAGCAGCCGCUGUUUUAUUUACUGCCUUUAAAUAAAAAAAAAUUUCAAAGCUUUA